GGAGCAGUUCGGAGGUUUUCCGCUUUCGCCGAAGUUCUUGACAGAUCCGACUUCAGAUUGAAAGAAUUCAAAAUGGCUGCUACAGGCUCCAAGUAAAGGGCUAACUCUCCUGGAUCCAUUCAACUGUGCAUGAAGCUCUCCUAAAGAGGUGGUGUCUAAGUGCUCCUUGUCCCAGUUCCUCCCGCCUCAUCAUGUCCUCCACCUCCUCCUCCUACUCCUCCUCGGGGGAGACCAGUCCGGAGGAUGUACCCCGAGGUGGGGGCACCAUACGGGUCUACCUCCCCAACAAACAGAGGACAGUGGUGAAUGUUCGCCAAGGACAGACUGUGUACGAGAGUCUAGAUAAAGCUCUCAAAGUGAGAGGCCUGAGCCAAGACUGCUGUGCUGUGUUUCGCCUGCUAGAAGGACGUAAGAGACUGACGGACUGGGACACAGACAUCACUCCGCUGGUUGGAGAGGAGCUUUUAGUCGAGGUUCUGGAUGAUAUUCCCCUCACCAUGCACAACUUUGUACGGAAAACGUUUUUCAAGCUGGCUUACUGUGAUUUUUGCCACAAGUUUCUUUUUAACGGCUUCAGAUGUCAGACAUGUUGCUACAAAUUUCACCAGCACUGCAGUAGCAAGGUCCCUACAGUGUGUGUGGACAUGGACACAGUGAGCAAACGGUGUGAUCCUAAUCCCUGCACAGAUGAUUACCCACGGAUACUAUUGCCAGAAAAUUCCCCAUCGCAGAGCAACCUAGCCUUAACCCCAGAGCCUGCUGGGAUGGACCUCCUGUCUCCGAACUCGGCCUUCUGCUUCCCGAUGCUGGGUGGAGAUGGGCAGUCUCUACAGAGGCAUCGCUCCACCUCUACUCCAAAUGUUCACAUGGUCAGCACAGUGGGCCCUGCUGGUGUCGGCAUUAUAGAGGAAGCGCUAAAAUUCAACAACACAAUGGGUCCUGAGCCCUCACCAAAGCCCUCCACCAGCCCACCCUCUUCUCUGUUCACCCCAGGGAGUAGGCCCCCCAAGUCUCCCUCAGAGCACAAGGAGCGCAAGCCUUCCUCGUCUGAUGACAAAAAGAAAGUGCACCGAGGGGGCUACAGAGACUCCAGUUACUACUGGGAAGUCCACUCUGGAGAAGUCAACAUCCAGAAGAGAAUAGGUGCAGGUUCGUUUGGAACAGUCUUCAAGGGCAAGUGGCACGGAGACGUGGCCAUCAAGAUCCUGAAAGUCACCGAGCCAACGCCGGAACAGCUGCAGGCCUUCAAAAAUGAAAUGCAGGUCUUACGGAAGACCCGCCACGUCAACAUCCUGCUGUUCAUGGGCUAUAUGACUAAGCCCAACUUCGCCAUCAUCACUCAGUGGUGUGAAGGCAGCAGCCUGUACCGCCAUCUGCAUGUCACAGAAACCAAGUUUGACACGAUGCGCCGCAUUGAUGUGGCCAGACAAACGGCACAGGGCAUGGAUUACCUUCACGCAAAGAACAUCAUUCAUCGGGACCUGAAAUCAAACAAUAUUUUCCUCCACGAGGGCUGGACUGUAAAGAUCGGGGACUUUGGCCUGGCCACAGUGAAGUCUCGCUGGAGCGGCUCUCAGCAGGUGGAACAGCCCAGUGGAUCCAUUCUGUGGAUGGCUCCUGAGGUGAUCCGGAUGCAGGACACCAACCCGUACACGUUCCAGUCGGAUGUGUACGGAUACGGAGUCGUGCUGUUUGAGCUGAUGUCAGGGACCCUGCCUUACUGCAAUAUCAACAACAGAGACCAGAUAAUCUUUAUGGUUGGACGUGGUUACUUGUCUCCAGACCUAAGUAAGCUGUCUAGUACCUCACCCAAGUCAAUGAAAAGGCUCAUCAUUGACUGUCUGAAGUUCAAACGUGACGAGAGGCCCUUGUUUCCACAGAUCCUGGUAGCCAUUGAGCAGGUUCAAGACUUGCUGCCAAAAAUCGAGCGGAGUCGCUCGGAGCCGUCGCUCCACAGAGCCGUCCACGCUGAGGACCUGAACCCCCUCCUGUUCCACACCACCCGGCUGAUGCCUCUCUAAGAUCCCCAGCUCUGGGGGAAGACAGGGCGUCCCCCUUUUAAAAAAGACCACAGCAUUCCGUGCCUCGGAGAGGCUGACUGUCUUGACCCCUACCCCCACCCACUCACUCACCCACUCACUCACUUACUCACCCACUCACUCACUCACUCACUCACUCACUCCUCACUCACUCACUCACUCACUCCCUGCGCCUACAGCUGCAGACAUCUGCAACAUCAAAACAGAUGUGCUGAUGAAUGUUCUGAUCUAGACGCCUCUGAUCAGUCCACUUCAAUCAGCCAUCAAACUGAAGCGUCACAUGAGCUGAACAAGGAGGUGUUUUAGUUGCUUUGAAGAAAAGGUAAAAACAGACAUGUUUGGAACGUACCCUGCAACAUCGAGUCACCCACUCUCAGCAGUGGAGAGUCACUCCGACCUUUAGAGGAGCACUGGGAUCAUUGACUAAAUAUCUAAAUCAGUUCCGCAGGUCAGCUGAUCAGAUUACAUUAUUCAAACACUGAGCUGUCCUGCGGCCCUGUCCGUCGAGGUGUGAAAACAAACUGCCCAUAUGGGAUUGUUUUCAAAAAAGACAUUUUUCUCAAUGAACCUCGGAUAUUUCAUGCUUUUGCAAAUAUUGAACUGUUAGAAUUAAUGUUGAAUCAACAUCAACAUAAUAAACAUGUGGAGGCAAAGAAAGAUAAAUCUUUUGCGAGUCUAGAAAGAAAUGGCAACCUUCGAUGGUAUUUGUGGAAAAAACAAAUGAAUGAUUGGAAGAUAGUGGAAAGUGUAUCUGUACACAAUCCCACAGUGACCGGCUCCAAAAACAAAAGGAGAUUGUUAAGAAUGAAGAUGUGCUUCUCUCAAAAAGACACAUUUAUUUGCUUUUCCUCAUUUUUUUCAAAGUAACCAGUUACAUGUAAUGAUCUUUACCCUGCCCGCUGGGUUCAUUGUUCGGCUUAUUGUUCUACGCUUGACACUGAAUAUAGGAUUACAUCGUUAGGACCAACAGUUUUGUACUGUACACAGAAAUGUUUGACUGAAAUUUUAUUAAUCCUUCUGAUAUUCAACAUUUCCAAGAUAUAAGUUUCAAAUCGUCGUUUUAAGUUUCCUGUUAAGAAACAAAAUUCCCUGCUAAUCAUCAGGGCACCUAGAAGAAUAUUUAAAAUUCUAAUGGUCUUUCUUUCUUUCGAUGGCAAUAUUGAAAUCUUGUGUCCACAGACCGUGUGUUGCUCUGCACCUCUGUACACAGCAACACACACAGUUCUGUGUUUGUGGUGAACAUGAAGUGAAAUUGAAGAUAGCUUUCUCCAGUUUCACCAGAAUGUCACACAUUUUUUAAUGUUCAUUUUAUAGCCUAAUAAGGAAUUGACAGAUCAUAGUGAGUUGCAGUCUUAAUGUAGAGGGUUAGUUGUUAUUGCUGCUACGUUUGUGUGUCUACACCUCAGAGACACUGUGCACUCCCCCGCGCAGCUUCAUCCAGUCUCUGGCGUCUAGUCUCAGCAGAUCGUUCCUCACGUUCACCGUGGAUCGACCCCUGAAUGAUGUUUGAGGAUCAUGCCCGCACACACUUUGACCAGUACUGUAGCUUUUGGGGAUGCAUGAACGCUUGAGCUGUAUCGUUUUUAUGAAGUCUUUCCUUGUCACACAUGUAGCCAACAACAGGUGAAGCGUUCACUUGGUCUAAGAGAGGGGGGGGUGCCUGGGUAGAGCGUACAGGAGGCCCAUCAUGUAGCCGGUUCGUCAUUUGGAUAACUGGUCUCUUGUGUGCUCAAAUUUGUCUGACUCUUUUACCCUUUUUAUCAAGUUUUUCCCGUGGCGUCUACGUGUAAAACCCUUCCACAUUAUACUCUGUUUGUUUUCUCCUGGCUGACACUGCCAGCUGCGACAGGACAGUCAUCAGCACGCCCGCUCACUAGUCUGAGAACUCUGGUCACAUACGUGCUCAAAUGGGUUUCAAGAGACUCUGUACCCGGAGUCGCCUGCUGUCUGGUCUCGUUGAUUUUAGGACAUUUCUCACACACAGCUUUUCUGGGGGAGGAGCAGAUCCUUUCAGGGUUGCAGUGCAUGUGUUGAAGGAUUACAAACCUGCUGUAACAGCCGCCAAACUCCCCACCAAGUCUUCGUUUCCAGCAGUCUCAACAUUACAAGUCGGACAAAUUGAGCUGACGGCACGAUAGUCUCACUAUAUUCACAGAGUAGCUCUCCAUUACACCCACAGUGAUGGUCAUCAUGUGAGGAAUAAAAAAACAGCUUAAAAUUAAUUUCUGGUUAUCUGAUAUCAAGAGAUAUGUUUUGUCAUAUUUUCAGUUUUAACAUUAUAUUUGAAAUUAUGAUUCCGGGUGAUUGGUCAGGAUCAGGUCGCAUAAAUUAGGUAAUGCAAAUGGCUUCAGUACUUUCACCCUGCCUGCAUGUUCUAUGGAUACUUGAAUACCUGUGUGUGUGUGUGUGUGUGUGUGUGUGUGUGUGUGUGUGUGUGUGUGUGUGUGUGUGUGUGUGUGUGUGUGUGUGUGUGUGUGUGUGUGUGUGUGUGUGUGUGUGUGUGUGUGUGUGUGUGUGUGUGUGUGUGUGUGUGUGUGUGUGUGUGUGUGUGUGUGUGUGUGUGUGUGUGUGUGUGUGUGUGUGUGUGUGUGUGACCUUGUCAAACAGACUGAGGGAGUAAUGACAAUGAGCUCGCUGUUUCCCGGCUCUCUGGAACAGAAUGGAACGUGUAGUGAUCAGUAUGGGUGGUGGAGGUGGGAUGGUGUGUGCUGCUCCCGGACAUUUUUGUUCUAUUUAAGAGUGUUUCCCUGAUGCAUUGUGGGCAUAAUUUAACAUUGAAAGUCGUCACAACAAGCCUCAAACUGUUGGAUGUCUACCUGUGAAAGGCAUGGGGGAGUUUACUCAUGACAGCAGAAUUGUUUUGGUUCAUGCUCGGGGAUUCUAAACCUAGUCCCAUGCAAAAACCUGUAACUAAUGUGCACACAUCAUCAGUGGCAUGGGGACUUCCUCGGUCCACUGAGAGAUCCACAUGAAGUCCCAUUUGUAGAUGCCUGUAAAAUAUUUCCGAGAUUUAAAAAUGUGAGGUAACUUGAUUCAGUUUCCUUCACGACGUCAGUCAUUCUGCUCUCUUCCUGCAGCAGCUCAAUGAGACAGAGCUCAGCUCUCAUGUCUUUCUCCUGGAAGUAUUAGCUUUAUAAUACUACUGAGUGGUUUGGUUUUUAGUGUCACCCUCAAGUGUAAAUGGACCAGCUGUGUGUGUGUGUGGGGGGGGGGGUGUUUAGGGUGGUGUUGGGUGUUCUGUGAACUGGCUUUUCUCCGCUGUAUAUUGUAUGCAUCAGUCCUUAAUGAGCUGACAGCAGAUCAGAUAUUUAAAGCGUAAUGUUGUGAAGAUAGGGGCUGGGUACCCUUAAUGUUCUUACUCAUUCCAGUUAUUUCCAUGGGUCGUGGUUGGGGGGGGCGGGGGGCAUUGGUUUAACCUGUUGGGGUGGGGAUCUGUGAAGCAGAGUUGUGAAAGACUGAGUUUCUGUCGUUAUUUAUUAAUGUGUUCUGUGAGGUGUGCUGGCAGAGGCAUCACUCCCUGCAUCAGUCUCCAUCGCUCUAACAAGAAUGUUUUUAGGCUCGGUACUGUCUGCUCCUUCAAAUGGCUUUGAUUCUGAUACUGUCUCCUGCAGGGGCAUUUGUAGUGACUUGUCUUUUAAACAUCUUAAGCACAAACUAGAUAGAUAGGGUUUUUAGCAAUGUUUUGUUCAUAGGUUUUCACUACGAUAGCAUUUGUUAAUGGCAACACUUCAAAAUACUCGUGAUAUGGGAGGUGUAGCUCUUCAGUAUUUGGAUGGCCUUUUGGCUGCUGAAUGAAAGAAACCCAGCUUUUUAAAUAAGAUCCUUUUAUAGUUUUCAGACAGAAUGUCCAUGAGGCACUGGUGGAGCAGGUUUCCUGGGAAUACGUGCAUAGCCUCUGAGGGACUGUAGGGGAGAAUUCAUUACUUCCUAUUCUGAAAGUAAGUGAGGCGUCUCCCAAAGAGGACGGUUCAUCUGGUAUUGCAGGGCAACAAAUGCCACAGUUACUGUAAAUCUGUUCAGGUGGACCUGAACGUAUCGGUGACGCAGAGGAGCCUGCGCUGCUUCUGGAGACUCCCUGGGCAGCCGAGGGGAAGCAGUCUAACAGCUGCUUGUUUCAGAGGAGCGAUCUGUAUCAGAAUAGAUUUUUUGUCUUUCCAUAUCUCUAGGUGAAUUGCAAUACUUGUGUUUAUAGUUUCUGAGGUGUCAGGGGUGUUCAGUUUGCAAUAAAUGGUAUAUUCUUCUCUGUACAGUUACAUUUUUUUAAUUACAAAAAUUGUACUUUUCUCUAUUUUUGUGUGGUUUCAGAACAAAAUUAUUUUAAAGUGUAAAUGAUAUCUUAGUUGUUUUUUUUGUCUUAAAAUAUUGAUGCAGGAUUUAUUCAAAUAAAAGCAAUUAUCUGUGUUA